AUGUCGUUGAGUGAAUCUUAUAUGUUGGCUACGUUGCCUCGUGUCCAAGACUUACCGCUUUUAAGAAAGCUCAUACUUCCACAAGUUUCUGAAAUUGAUGCUUCCUAUUUGAAGGUUGGUAUUACAAAGUCCUUUGUAGGCUCAUAUGUGCUCAGACCAACCCCCAAACUUAUAUGGUCAUAUCCAUUAAACCCAGCAGCAGUAUUGGAAUGCAUGGACGAGCUUGCUCAACCCGGGAAAGAUUCUGAAGAUACGUAUAAAGGAUUAUAUGCUAUGGGAAUCACAGAGAGAAAAUCCAACAGGUUACUAGUUGUUGAUUCCAGAGCAGACGAACCUAUCAGAAUUGAAAUCAAGUUGACCAACAGACCUCAUGCUGUCAAGUUCCUUUCGUCAGAAGAACUUGCUGUGAUUUGUGAGGGCUAUAUAGUCUUAUACAAGUUGACGAACGGUCAACUUGAAGAGUUGGAAUCUACCAAUAUCUCUCUAGACAGAAUACUUUUCCAUCAAUUCAUCUCAGAAUUUAAUAACGAGUUAUUGGUGUUGAUCGCCGGUACAUGUGCCGGGAAAGUGGUAUACAAAUUAAUUUCUUUGGACUUUUCCAGCUUGUUUUUUGAAGUUAAGUCAUCAAAUGAGUUUGAUUAUACUCAUGAAAACCAUUACACAUACAACGCAGGAAUGUUGUACAAACUCAACCCUGAAUCUAAAGUCAUAGAAUGCAUCCAAAUCAGCGACUUUGAAAUCAAAAACUCUAUAGACAUUUCCUCCUUAUUCACCUCACCAAAGCAUACAGAAAUAUCGUCCAUUUUAUCUCCAGCUCCCAACAGACUUCUUAUAUCCCUUGGAAAUACCAUAUAUCUUAUUAAUGUGACAUUUGAAAGUUUGUUGGCCAAAUAUACCAUAGAAAAGUCAGAUAUGAUUGCACUUUCACAAGUUGUUGGUGUCAAGGGUUCAUCAAUGAAUACCAGAAAGACAAAUGUGUACUUUGUAUCCCACAAUAAUAAGAAGAACACCACCCAAUUAUUUGUCAUGAAUGUUGAUACAUCCUUGAAUAAAUUAAGUGAUUGUUUAGGCAAAUCGCUCCACAAGACCUCCACCAAUGAAAUACAUGGGGUAGCCAACAUUGUCAAUAAAGAUUUUGUUGCUGAAACCAAUGCAUCCAAGAUUGAACUAAACCAGAUCUAUGAGAAAUUGCAUGAGCUUAGUACCAAUUCUGAUGUCAACAAUUGGGAAAGAGUCGUGGUUCCAUAUUGUAAGCAAGAAUCAUGGGAAUCUAUCCAAAAAUCCUUAAGUAAACCCAAGAAAUCAUUAGCACAAACGGCAGCCAAAGCAGCAGGUAAAAAUAAAGUGUAUCAUUUUCAAGAAUUUGAUGAGGAAACUGAUAGGGCAUUGGAUCUUAACUUUGUUAAGAAAUGUUUGGGUUUGAUAUUCAAAAUCGAUGAAAAGGGGACUGUAAAGCUUAUCAACAAUGAAUUCAUUCCACAGUUCACUUUAGUGUAUUUAUUGACCAAUUCCUUGUUCCCUUACGAAUAUACCAAGGGUUUACUUCCAUUGUUGGCCAAUUUAGAAGACUCUACAUUAUUGCACCAGGCCGUUAGAACAUGUCCUAAUUUGUCAUUGGAGGAGAUUUUGAAGCAACUUAUUGAAACAGACGCUAAGACCGAAUUGGGCCUUUUCGAAGAUAUUUUGAGUCGAGUGAACACAGAAUAUUCCAUUCAUGAGAUCACUCGUGAAUUCAAAAGUUUGGCUAUGGGGAAAACUGAGUUCAAUUUGGAACAAGCAUUGAACAAUUUGCUUGUUGCCAAUAGUAUGAACAGUUGGAUCCUUGUGCAAGCUAUAAUGGAUGUUGGAGGGUUAUUCAAUUGGUCACUUGUUACUAUCAACAAGCUCAGCGAUCUUAUUGAUAAGAAGGUCAACUCACUUGUCCAGAACAAUUACAACCUUAUCAUGACCGACCAGUUACUUUUGGCCAGCGAAUCAGUGUACAAGAAAUGGAAUAAGAAGAAGAGUCCCAAGGCAUCUUCUUCUGCUUCUGCUUCUGUUAGUAAUGGGGAGAUCGUCGACAAACAACAACAACAAUUGGACUCCAUAAUAAACAUUGACAAUUUCGGCAUAGAGGUAGCAAAGAAGAUUCCAACUUAUUCCAUAGAAAAGCUCGUUAUAUAA